AUUAAAGAAGGAAAUACUAUAAAAUGAGACGUAAGUCGGGUCGUCUGUUUGUUUAUCCACUUCUAUUGAUAUAAUGAGUGCACAUAAAGUGUAUGGAAGGAGAUGGUUCGUCUUAUUGACGAUAACUCUGUUGAAUGUUUCGAAUACUGAGUUAUGGGCCUGUUUUUCUUGCGUAUCGACGAUUGCUCAACAGUACUACGACGCCAGCGAGAGUCAAAUUAGUCUGUUGUCCAUGAUUUACUUCAUAUGUUGCAUCCCUACGGGAAUAUUCGCUUUGUGGUUCGUGGAUUACAUCGGAUUAAAGAAAGGAGUAUGGCUCGGCGCAUGGUUAAACGUAGUUGGAGCGGCUAUAAAAUUCAUGAGCAACACGCAAUUCGUAGAACAACAAUCGAGAUUCAAAAUUAUCUUAUUAGGCCAAGCUGUUUGUGCUUCGGCACAGAUGCUCGUUAACGUACCAACAAAGGCGGGCGAAUUGUGGUUUCCUUCCAACGAGAGAACAGUAGCAACAUCUGUUAUUGCCAUGGGGUGUCCCCUUGGAAUCAUGCUGGGAAUUGGAAUGGUUCCCGUAUUUGUGACAUCACCGGAAGACAUUCCGUGGCUGAACUUUUGUUCGUGUGUUUUUGCCGUCAUCGGUGUGGUCGCCACGUGCUUAACCAUAACUUCGUCCAAACCUCCCACUCCACCCAGCGAGAGUGCAGAAGCACACCAGACAUAUUCUUUUCCAGCCGCACUUAGAGAAUUAUUUACCAAUAAGGCCUACAUAAUAUUGUUACUCUUUGGCGGAGCAAUUACGGGAGUUUAUGCAGUUUUUGUUAGUUCGUUAGAAGAAAUUCUACUCCUCACAGGAUACAGCAACAAAUUUUCUGGACUGUGCGUUGUCCUGAUGAUCUCGUUUGGAUUUGUGGCAGGUUUAGCCACUGGAAUAUUCCUAGACAGAACCAAAUUAUUUUCCAUUACUGCAAAAGUUUUGGCAGGCGUGGCUUUCGUUCUUCUGGAUAUAUUUACAGUGAUUGCGGGAUAUUCGGACAUGCAAUACGCAAUUACCAUACUCUUAGUGCUAUUCGGAAUAUUUAUUAUGUCCGCCUACACCGUAAAUCUGGAGUUGUCCAUCGAGUGUACGUAUCCGUUGGUGCCGGAAGCUACGAGCACGGGAAUACUGUUUAUCGUGGGGCAAAUUCAUGGCACCGUUUACCUUUUUAUCAUGCAAAUGGGUAUCAUCGACAUGAGAUCCUCGUUAUUCGUCAUAAAUGCAAUCUUAACUCUUCUGUAUUUCAUUUUUGUGGUAUUCUUUAAAACGGAGUACAAACGCCUUAAGGAAGAAGAAAGUAGUAAAAAUGGAAAGAGUAUAUUACGUGUUGAACUCGGGAAUUCGAUUAGUUAUGGAACUAUUCAGUGACAAGAAUGUUUUUAAGAUGAUUCCACAAUGAUCUGAUUUGAACUACAAUAUUUCCACCUUGUGGACACUACAGGGUCACUAAAGGGAUUUCGCCAGGCCCGAAACAUCCGUGUCGACUGACUCCAACCCAAAUCCCCUGGAGGUAAGCCGGUGCCUUCAGUACUUUGGCCAACCCAAGUAUAUUGGAAGAAUAAUUGCAAUUGAAUUAUAGAAAAUAUACUUCUGUACAGAAUGAACAUAGACUGUUGCCAUAUUUAUUUUCAUAUAAUAAACUUAUUAUUUUUUA